AUGGAAUACAAGAAGAUCGAUGAGCUUCACUCUCCUGAGUUUCGUGCCUCGGAAUUCAAAAAACUGGUGUUCGACGAGAAGGAGAUUACAGGUCAAUGCUUCCUAAUACUACUCAGCGGAACUUCAGGAAGCGGGAAGACACUGAUGGUAGAAUCCUCGGAUCUCUUCCAGAGACCCCUCCUACGCAUAGGCUCGAUGAAGUACGACCUAACCCAGCAUGUCAGCCAGAAAAUUUACCUCAAGCAGAACAUCGAGAAUGCCAAGGUCUGGAAAGGCUUGGUCUUGCUUGAAGGCGAGGCCCCUACUACCGAAGAUCAACGACCAUUCCUGGAGAGAGCAGCUGGAAACGACGACUUUUUAUCCUCGUUUGUGCGGCAGAUUGAGUAUUUCAAGGGAAUCGUCUUUAUGACUACAGACCUCACCGAUCCCAUUGAUGCUGCCGUAAAGUCGCGUGCCCAGAUUCACCUCACAUUCUCCUCCUUGACUUCGCCUAUGCGCAUGCAGGUGUGGCGCAACUUUAUCGACGUUGUGCCGAAAGAGGUGGGUGUACUGUCAGAGGUCGACAUCACGGGACUUGCCAAGUGGAAAAUGAAUGGUAGGGAAAUCAAGAACACCAUUAACAUGGUCAUUACAUGGUGUCAGAAGAACAACAAGCCACUAGAUAUUGGGGCGGUGGAGGACCUGAUUUCUCUCGUCAGCCCAUUUGCCACCAAGGAAAGCUCCCCAGGGCCGGCGGGAGAUGAGAGCUAUCAAGACAUCGGCCAAGGAAGAUUUGCAGGCCAGCUUGUUAGACUUCCACUAAGAAGCGGAGACUGA